UAUUCAGGACGUGUAUUUUAUCAUCUAGGUAGAUGAUUAGCUGUUAUCACCAUUUUGCCAGCUCUGAUUGCCCGCGUGACAAUAACGGGUCCCUGGAGAUCCGCAGUUGGGCGGGCCCUAUGACGUCGAUCAGUCUCCCGCAUACAUCAUUGCCUGUUAAGCUUGCACCGCUACUUAAGCUCGUCUGUCCCUCGCAACCUGUCUGUUCUGCAGUAUCUUUCCAAAGUAAGACAUCUUCACUCUAUCAUCCUUUCGCCCAUAGCCCUAUCCAUCGAACAAUCAAUCCAUCAACCACCGACCAUCAAGCAUCAAACAUCAAGCAUCAGCCAUCAUGCCUCGUGGAAACGACCAGUUCACCAAAGUCUUCUACCAAGGCAAAGUCGACGACUUUGUCAUUUUCGUUGACGACGUUGAUACCGCUAAGAAAUGGCGUAAUGACCGUACCAUCCCUCUCGCACAGGUUGUUUCUGGCUGGAAGGUGUUUGUGACACACAAACAAGGCGCUCAGGGAAUCCUCGAUGGAGCCAGCAAAGCCGUGCUUGAGAACGAGUUUGGCACAUCCCGAGACGAGGAGGUUGUGGAGCAGAUCUUAGAGAAGGGUGAAAUUCAGGAAGCUACCAACCCCGAGCGCAGCGGUCGCCGCAACCUAUCGAAUGGUGGAAACUUUGUCAACACUUUCCAAGUGUGAUCUCGCGAUUCGUUUGAAAUGGAGACGAACCUGGCUACAGUUCUACCAGGUUACCGAUUUCGUCUCCUGGUCCAGCACGGGCUGCUUUUGGACUAGGGAAAUAUGAAAUCGGUGAAAUGUUGAUUCCGACCCUUUGUAUAUCUAGAAAUGUAAUCUAUUCAGCUCAGCGAGAAUGCGACGAUGAGUAUACCUCUUAUGA